AUGGCAGAUUGGUGGAGUGAAUUGGCACGAUAUGGCACGAGAAGUGAUAUGCUGUUCUCCAGUGGGGUACGCACGACGUCAACACGAGUAGUAACACAUUGGUCAAAGAUGGCAUGGUGGAGCAACCAACAGCUUGGAUGUGCCACAGCGAACUGUGGACAAUACUAUUCUGUAGUUUGCAUGUAUGGUCCAGGUGGCAAUGAUGUCGGCCGUAACGUCUACAAUAUAGGACGCGUGGGUGCUGAAUGUCCGAACCCAGUCGGUGACGAUGGACUUUGCACUUAG